GGAUUUUACUGCUAUAGAACUCAGUUUCUUGAACAGUCCUGCUAGUGGAAUAAGUUUGCCAGAACCUAGACUAUCUGUAGUUGAAUAGAAACGUGGCCUUAGUGUUCGAAAUGAUUUAAAACCUGGAUAUUUGAUAAUCAAGAUCUGGCUCAGACAGACAGUCAAAUCAGAACUAUUAGCAUUCAGCCACUCACACCACUUAGUGCUGUGAACCUCAGAAUUAUGUUCCAAUUCACAGCGUUUCGUGAUUUUGAUUGGGUCUUUCUGAGUGAAAUACGAUUUUGCACACAGCCUAAACCUCCUUUUCAACUUAAGGUUAUAACAUCAUCAUCAAUUAUUGUUCAGCCAAGUGCAGAUGACCUGAGAAGAGGAUCAACAGAGUUAGUGUGCACUGUUUCCAGUGAAGGAUCGUACACAUGGCAGUGGGAGCGAGGCAACGCUAUCAUAAUAGAAAAUAAAGGCGACUACACGAUCACCAUUGGAGACGGAAGCAGAACAACUAAGUUGACGAUUAACAAUCUGGACUUUAGUGAUGCUGAUAAUUAUGAAUGCAUAACAACAACACACGAUGUGGAUUUAAUGAACUCAACAGUGUAUUUAGUGGAGUUCUCAGGUACCUAAAUAUAGCUGUGUUAUACUGUUUAAUUCUUCCAUACUAUAUAGAGCAUGUCAUUACUACACCUGAUGUCAGUGAAUAUCUACAGACUGGAGAGGUUACCCUGACCUGUGAGCUCCAUGGUUACCAGUUAUCACUCUCUUCUCCUGUGUGGCUAAGCACAAAUGGCAGUGAAACAAAUGACUCUACCAAAUACACUGUGUCUGUGUUGUGUGAAGGAAACAACACCAUAAUUCUACAAAAUGGCACUGUCGUUCCUAGUAUUAUUCUGAGCAUCACAAUUCACAACCUUUCAUUAGCUGAUGGAGGGAACUACACGUGUCAUGGUGUCAGAGGAGAGAGUGUCACUCAACUCAUAAUAUUAGAAGGGACCUUGUUUCCAAGUACGAGUACCUUGUUAUCCCAAACAUGCAUUCCUACAACUGGUUGCAUGAGAAAACAGUGACUGAGUUUAUGUAUUGAUAUGAUUGUGCAUAGUAUUGUUGUUUCGUUCCUAUAAUGAAAUGCAUCAGCCAUUUAUCAUUCUACAUUCCUUAUACAGCCAUAACACUACUCCAUUGUCUGUCAACAAUACUACCACUCCAUUUCCGGUGGAUAUUACUAGUACCGUCACCAUAGCAGCUGCAGUAAUCAUCCUUAUUAUAAUACUCACAGCAGUGGGGGUUAUCGCAACAACUUUGUUGCUUGUUAAAAUGUAUCGCAGCAAGACUCUAACCAGCUCAAUAAAAAAAGAGAACAAUUACAUAGAAAUUGAGCUCAAGUCUGAUUUGACAGAUUUUUCUUCAGGGAAUCACAAUUGGCACCCUAUGGUACAAAACAAUUUGAUUCCUCCAAUACCUCCCCAUUAUUUUGACGAGACCGAUUUUCAGCAGUUAGGAUUCGAGCAUGAAGAGUUAGACUAUGAAGAUGGAGAGUUGUACAGACAGUCAAGAAGAAGAUCAACUGAGCCAACAUUGACGAAAUUAAUCGCAGUGGAUUUUGAGGAUGCACUUGUUUCCAAUCCAAUAUAUAAUACUACAUCUAGAGAUUUCAUGGAGGAAAUCCACUGUAUGAUGAUCGAGAAACCUGUGGGGCAGAGGGCAUACUCAGUGGAGAAAAAUCAUUGCUUGAACCAGAUCCGUUAUACAUGUCUGCAUAAAAUCUCGCCAGCUUUAUGGAGAAGAAUCCAUUGUACGAUAGGCGGAGCUGCAGUACCGACAGCAAACUCAGUGGAGAAGAACCCAUUUACAAUGAGGCUCUUAAUCCAGCUAUGUUGUCAUGCAAAGGAGAUCAAUUUUAUCAUGAAGAACUAAAUCCAAUGAACUUCAAACAAAAUCAGCAAGAUGGUAAUGAUGCUGAUUUGUUUCCAUUUAAACUAGUGUAUGACAUACCUUCGCUGGUGGUGGCAUCCGCAAAGCUCUUACUAAUUGAAACUGAAAACAUUUGUAAAGAGAGGGUUCUCGGAAUCGAGCAAUUUGGAGACGUUGUGUUAGCGGAAACUAUGGGUUUGAGUGAGAAAGACCUGAAGCUUGGUAGCAGCACUGACAAGAAUGCACGGAUCCUAGUGGCAGUGAAGAAGCUGAAAGAUCAGGCCGACAACUCCAUGAAGGAAUCGUUUGAGAAAGAGAUAAAGUUCAUGUCCGGGCUCUCCGAUGAGAACAUUGUUCGUUUGUUGGCUGUGUGUGAUAAGGAGCCAAAGUUCAUUGUGAUCGAGUACAUGGGAAACGGAGAUCUUUAUCAGUUCUUAAAUCAACACCAGCUGGACACUUUAGCUGAAUUGCUGGAAAAAAGGAUUAACAGUUUCGAAUCUCCUGUACAUUAGUGUUCAGAUAACCAGUGGAAUGUGAUAUCUUGCUUCUCUUAAAUACGUGCACAGAGAUUUGGCAUCUAGAAACUGCCUUGUGGGCAAGAAUUUGACAGUGAAAAUUUUUGAUUUUGGCAUGAGUCGUAAUCUGUGCGAGUCAGUUUACUAUCGAUUGCGAGGACGAGCCGUACUUCCUAUUCGUUGGAUGGCUAUGGAAAGUUUCUAUGGGAGAUUAUCUGAGAAGACAGACGUCUGGUCAUUUGGUAUCACACUGUGGGAGAUAUUCACUCUGGGAAGAUUCCUCCCUUACGAGGAACUGGACGAUCAGCAAGUUAUUGAUGAAGCAAUUUACAACGUAAACUACUACUAAAGCCUGAAGCAUGCCCUGAGGAUGUCUACCAACGUGUGAUGCUGAGAUGCUGGGAGUACAAACUGAAAGAGAGAGCUGUUUCACAGAGCUCCACAAAGUUCUAGAAGAAAUUCACAAGCACUCAGAAAUAAUAUUAUAAUGCAACAGUAGAAAAUGAUUUUCUUACUGGUAAUGAUCAUUAAUGAAAAAAGACUUAGAUUAACUCCUGAGUUACUAGCUAUUGUAGUUUCAUAAUAACAACUCUGGUCAAAUGUUAUUGCUUCAAGAAUACUGCCAGUUUCUACAUAGUCCGAGAUGAUCUCUUGUCUGCAGAAUUAGCUACCUCUACACAUGCAAUCAUGAUUGACAUGAUUUCACUGCAUCUAUUUCUAACUGCUCUGCUCAUCAGUGGCUAUUGUGAUGCUCUCACUUGUAAUCAAACAGCCCUUCCUACACUGUAUCGCGGUCUGUGGUUAGAUGGUGGUCCAAUUACAUACAACGAUGUUCCGAUCACCUAUCCAUCAAAUUGUACACUGCCAAAUAUUCUUGCUAGAUAUAUUGCCUGUGAUUACGGUGUUGUACUGGGUGACAGAGCAAUCAUUCCAUCUCCUCCUGAUCUCAAUAGUGCAAGUUAUUUCACCUACUUCAUUACUUGGAACAGAGACUCAUUGAAUAGUUUUAUUGACUUUGACCUCACUACAGCAACGGCUGGGAUUACUGCUGUAGAACUCAGUUUCUUGAACAGUCCUGCCAACAGAAUCAGUUUGCCAGAACCUAGACUAUCUGUUAUUGAAUAUAAUCCAGGCUUUAGAGAUCAAACAGAAACAAAUAUCACAACCUGGAUACUUGACAAUCAAGAUCUGACUCAGGCAGACCACCAAAUCAGAACUAUUAGCAUUCGGCCACUCACACCAUUUAGUGCUGCGAACCUCAGAAUUAGGUUCCAAUUUACAGCGUUUCGUGAUUUUGAUUGGGUCUUUCUGAGUGAAAUACAAUUUUGCACACAGUUUCAACCUCCUUUUCAACUUCAGGCUCUAAUCUUUCAAACACCAUCAUCAAUUGUUGUUCAGCCAAGUGCAGACGACCUGAGAAAAGGAUCAACAGAGUUAGUGUGCACUGUUUCCAGUGAAGGAUCGUACACAUGGCAGUGGAAUAACACUUUUUUAGAAAAUAAAGGCGACUACAGAAUCACCAUUGGAGACGGAAGCAGAACUACUAAGUUGACGAUUAACAAUCUGGACUUUAGUGAUGCUGCUAAUUAUGAAUGCAUAGCAACAACACACGAUGUGGAUUUAAUGAACUCAACAGUGUAUUUAGUGGAGUUUCCAGAGAGUGUCAUUACUGCACCUGCUGUCAGUGGAUAUCUACAGACUGGAGAGGUUACCCUGACCUGUGAGCUCCAUGGUUACCAGUCAUCACUCUCUCCUCCUGUGUGGCUAAACACAAAUGGCAGUGAAAUAAAUACCACUACCAAAUACACUGUGUCUGUGUGUGAAGGAAACAACACCAUAAUUCUACAGAAUGGCACUGUCUUCCCUAGUAUCAUUUUCAACAUCACAAUUCACAACCUUUCGUCAGCCGAUGAAGGGAACUACACGUGUCGUGGUGUCAGAGAAGAGAGUGUCACUCAACUCACAAUAUUAGAAGGAACUGAUCCAAACAUGUUACCCCAAACAUGCAUCUCUACGUCUAUAGAGGUAAAUAUCACCCCCACUCCACCCCCUGGCAACGAAACUACCACUCGUGUCCCUGUAUUAGACGAAAACAUUGUCAUCAUAGCAGCUGCAGUCGUGACUGUUUUUAUAAUACUGACAGCAGUUGGUAUUCUUGUAACAGCUUUGGUGUUUAUCAAAAUGUAUCGCAGUAAGACUCUAGCCAUUUCGACACACAAUGAGAACAAUUACAUAGAAGUUGAACUCACGCCUAAUUUAACAGAAAACGUAACCGACAUUCAGAACUCCCCUAUGGCACGAGACAGCGUCAUCCCUACAAUACCUUCCCAGGAUUUGGCUGAGACAGAUUUUCAACAAAUGGGAUUAGAUCGUGAAGAGCUAGAGUACGAAAAUGGAGAGUUGUACAGACAGCCGGGAAGAAUGCAACUAAAGAGGAGAUCAACAAAUUCAACUGAGCCUAAAUUGACGAAAGUUAUUACAGUUGAUUUUAAGGAUGCGCUUGAUUCUAAUCCAAUAUAUGAUACUGCAUCUAUUUUAGGUGAUGGUUUUAUGGAGGAAAAUCCACUGUAUGAUGUUCAAGAAACCUGCGGGGCAGAGGGCAUACUCAGUGGAGAAAAAUCUUUGCUUGAACCAAAUCCGAUGCAUGAGUCUGCACAGAGUCUUAUGAAGGAGAAUCCAUUGUAUGGUAGGCGGAGCUGCAGUACAGAUAGCGAACUCAGUGGAGAACCAAUUUACAAUGAGGCUUUUAAUCCAGCUAUGUUGUCAUGCAAAGAAAAUCAUUUUUACUAUGAAGAAAUAAAUCCAAGUAACUUUGAACCAAGUCAGCAAGAUGGCGGUGACACGAAUUUGCUUCCAUUUGAACCAGUGUACGACAUACCUUCGCUGGUGGUGGCAUCCGCAAAGCCCUUGCUAAUUGAAACUGAAAACAUUUGUGAAGAGAGGGUUCUUGGAAUCGGGCAGUUUGGGGAAGUUAUUUUAGCGGAAACUGUGGGUUUGAGUGAGAAAGACCUGAAGCUUGGUAGCAGCACUGACAAGAAUGCACGGAUCCUAGUGGCAGUGAAGAAGCUGAAAGAUCAGGCCGACAAAUCCAUGAAGGAAUCGUUUGAGAAAGAGAUAAAGUUCAUGUCCGGACUCUCCGAUGAGAACAUUGUUCGUUUGUUGGCUGUGUGUGAUAAGGAGCCAAAGUUCAUUGUGAUCGAGUACAUGGGAAACGGAGAUCUUUAUCAGUUCUUAAAACGACACCAGCUGGAUACUGCCGAAUUGCUGGAAAACAGAUUGACAGUUUCGAAUCUCCUGUACAUUAGUGUUCAGAUAGCCAGUGGAAUGCGAUAUCUUGCUUCUCUUAAAUACGUGCACAGAGAUUUGGCCUCUAGAAACUGCCUUGUGGACAACAAUUUGACAGUGAAAAUUUCUGAUUUUGGCAUGAGUCGCAAUCUCUACGAGUCAGUUUACUAUCGAUUGCGAGGACGAGCCGUACUUCCAAUUCGUUGGAUGGCAAUGGAAAGUUUCUAUGGGAGAUUCUCUGAGAAGACAGACGUCUGGUCAUUUGGUAUCACACUGUGGGAGAUAUUCACUCUGGGAAGAUUCCUCCCUUACGAGGAACUGGACGAUCAGCAAGUUGUUGAUGAAGCAAUUAGAAAUAAGCAACGUAAACUACUACCGAAGCCCGAGGCAUGCCCUGAGGAUGUCUACCAACGUGUGAUGCUUAAAUGCUGGGAGUACAAACUGAAAGAUAGAGCUGAUUUCGCAGAGCUCAACAACUGUCUAAAAGAGAUUCACAAACACUUUGAAAUAUAAUACAGACAGCUUUUUUUUUAGAAUAUGA